UGAUCACUGGCAGUGCAGUUUGCGGCCAGCCCUGCGUGUCAGUGUAAACACUCACUUUUCAUUCAUGUGCUGUAGAUUUGUUAGCUUACUGCCAAUACCUGCUUGGGAACUUGGAUGUUGCUGUUGUCAGCAUGGCCUCAGGCUCAAGCUUUGCUCCUCCCAAACUGGCAGGCUUCAUUCUCACGGAGCGGCUGGGCAGUGGUACCUAUGCUACCGUCUAUAAAGCCUACAGAAAGGGGGACAGUCGAGAGGUGGUGGCAGUGAAGGUGGUUGGAAAGAAGACUCUAAACAAGGCAUCUACAGAAAAUUUGCUCACAGAGAUCGAAAUCCUCAAGACUGUGCGUCACCCUCAUAUAGUCCAGCUCAAAGACUUUCAGUGGGAUGCUGAGAACAUUUAUCUGAUUUUGGAGUGGUGCUCUGGUGGAGAUCUCUCCCGCUUCAUCCGCAGUCGCAGGAUUUUACCUGAGAGGGUGGCCCGGCGCUUCCUGCAGCAGAUAGCCUGUGCCCUUCAGUUUCUCCAUGAACGAAACAUCUCACACCUGGACUUGAAACCUCAGAAUAUUCUGCUCAGCGGCUCUUCCCUCAAACUAGCAGAUUUUGGUUUUGCCCAGUACAUGUCACCGUGGGAUGAGCAGAGUGUCCUGAGAGGCUCUCCUCUUUACAUGGCUCCUGAGAUGGUGUGCCGACGCCAGUAUGACUCCAGGGUGGAUCUCUGGUCGGUUGGAGUCAUUCUCUAUGAGGCACUAUUUGGGCGGGCACCAUUUGCAUCGAGGUCUUAUGCUGAAUUGGAGGAGAAGAUCCGGAGUAACCAACCUAUUGAGCUCCCUCCCGGGGCCAGGGUAUCCAAGGACUGCAGGGACCUUCUGUUGCGGCUGCUGGAGAGAAAUCCAGAUGCCCGGAUCACCUUUGCAGAGUUCUUCACCCACCCUUUUGUGGAUUUGGAGCACAUGCCAAGUCCAGAGAGCCUAGUGAAAGCGAAAGAGCUGGUCCUGCAGGCCAUUCAAAAGGACCAGGAGGGGGAGAGGUCUGCUGCUCUCUUUCUGUACUGCAGUGCCCUAGAGCACUUUGUCCCCGCUAUUCACUACGAGAUGGACCGACAACGUAAAGAUGCCCUCAGGCAGAAGGUCAGCCAGUAUGUGUCCAGAGCCGAGGAGCUGAAAGCCCUGGUGGCCUCAGACAACAGACUGAGCUUUGAGGAGGCCCGGACCUCCAGGGAUGUCCUCCGAGAAAUGUCUCGAGACAAACCACGGCUGUUGGCUGCUUUGGAGAUGGCCUCUACUGCCAUUGCUAAGGAAGAGAGCGGGUUGGAUGAUCAUGGGGCCUUGGAUAUGUACCAGCAGUGCUUAGGAGAACUACUUUUGGUGCUAGCAGCUGAGCCCCACGGCCGUAAGAAAGAGCUGCUCCACAGUGAGAUUAAAAGCCUUAUGACCAGAGCUGAAUACCUCAAAAAGCAUAUCAAGAUGAUGGAGACUCAGAGAGACGUGUCUCUGGAUCGAGAACCUCUUCUAGACUCUGUCCGAAGCUCCUGCUGUUUACAGUAAGAUUGAAGUAGACCAUGAGAACCAGCUGGGACGCCUCACAGAGCAUCAGACUGCCCGUCAGUGAUCAGGUUGGGCAAAGAGCUUUCACCUGACCUGGUUUCUGUUUGGGCCAAAUCAAACCUGCAUCACACCCCACCCUAACCAACUCAGAAUGCUGUCGGCGUGGGAUAGUACAGUUGCCAGCCAAAUGUUGUCAAUGAUUUGGUUGUUGCUCCAAAGAUUUUCUACCAGAUGAUUUGGCAGGUAGAAAGCUUGUGUUUAUUCUUUUAGAGGAAAAAAAAGUUUGGCAGGUAAAAUACUGAAUAUAGCUCUUGAAUUCUGGAUUUGCACACUGGUGAAUGUGAAAGUUAGUUCCCUGCUCUUUACACUGUGUUGGUGCACUGCUUAGCCUCAAAUCCCUCCUCCCGACACACCAUUGAUAUGUAAAUGCUGGACAGCUUGUAUGACAAAACCACACUGUCAUGGUAAACGAGUUAAACCGAGACUGGUGCAUUUCAUUUUAGGGCAGAACAUUCAGUAGUGUUUUCAGCACACCUAAAAACUGUGAAAACCUGAAAAUACAAUCAAAUGUGAACUGUGAUAGGUAUCACAACAAUAUUGAACUGUAGUAUUAAGUGUAUUGUUUUGAGGCCUCUGCAAACAUGCACAUACUUCCUCACCCCCCUCUUCCCCACUGCCUUUACUGUGGGUCAACCACAGGCUCACCAUGCUCUCUCCACUGAUGGAGCCCUCUCCACCACUAUGAAGGGAAAACUGGAGAGGUGCGGCCUCUGCCUUAUUUACACUAGACUUGCAUUUUCUUAGGUUUGGCAAUGGACGGGUAUUUGAGGGAUACAGUGACUUGUGGUGCUCAAGCAGAGCCUUAUAACUAGACCUCUGUAAAACAGCAAAAAGCUGAACAGUUCUAGCAGGCUGGUAAUCCACGCCGUUGUAGGUCCUCACAGACUGUUUUGAUUUCAGACAGGUAAAGUGCUUCAAUAUUCUAAAAGGGUGCUUUACUUUGUGAAUAUAAUUUUUAACCUAUCGGGAGAAAAAAUACCUGAAACAGGAGUCAAAUGAGAAAUGUAUAAAUAUGUGUCCUGGCAAAUUUUCCACAUUGCUGUGUUGUUUUAUUUUUUAUUUGAAUGUUUAUACAGCUGUGAUUUGACAAUGUAUUUAUAAAUGAAGAAUUCAGUGGAAAAUAAAAAUCUCCAAAACUU